GAAAGGUUGAAGAAUUAUUUAGAAUGAUAAAAGCCAUGAAAACAGUGAGUUACUUACCCUCUUGUGUGUGAAAUGACGAAACCCUAGGAGAAGGAGAGUAAUAAAGAAAGAAAUAUGUGGUGUAAGCAAGCAACAUGGAGUGUCCACUUCCGCUUCUUCCACUGAACAAUCAUAGGAAGAUAGCAUCACCUUGUCGUCAGCAAGGGCAGCAUGCACAGAAAAGUCCAGCUCACACAUUCCUCCACGUGUCACAAACCCAUUUCCCUCUAAAAAGACAGGACGCACCAUGCGUCCUUGUAUUAUACGUCCCCUUGUCCUGCCCCUGCCCCUAUACCAUAGAACAUUAGUACCCCCACACACACCCCUCCUCUAUCUUUCACUAUUAUUGCCACACAAAUCAAUUAACUGAAUGCUUAGAGAGAGAAAGAGGAGAAGGAGUAGUGAUAAGGUGAUCAUAGAGCAUAUUAUAAGAGAGUGAAAACUAAUGGAGGUUGGCCUCAAGAAGGAGAACAUGGGGUUUGAGGAAACUGAGUUAAGGCUUGGACUGCCUGGAAACGGAGGCACUGAAGAAGUGCUCAUCAGGAAGAGGGGUUUCUCUGAGACUGAAACUGGUCAUGAAGAUGAGUCUGCCACCACUGUGGAUUUGAUGCUUAAUCUUUCUUCUAAGGAGGCCGCAACCACUGCUGCUGCUGCUGCAGAUCCAACUGAUAAGCACAAGACUUUGCCUAAGGAGAAGACCCUUCUGCCAGCAGAUCCUGCUAAGCCUCCAGCCAAGACGCAGGUGGUGGGUUGGCCACCUGUGCGGUCCUUCCGGAAGAACAUGUUGGCUGUGCAAAAGAGCGUUGGAGAAGAGAGCGAGAAGAACAGCAGCCCUAAUGCAAGCUUUGUCAAAGUUAGCAUGGAUGGAGCACCUUACCUUCGCAAAGUGGACUUGAAGAUGUACAAGAGUUACCGAGAGCUCUCUGAUUCUUUAGGCAAAAUGUUCAGCUCCUUCACCUUUGGCAAUUGUGAAUCCCAAGGAAUGAAGGAUUUCAUGAAUGAGAGCAAGCUGAAUGAUCUCUUGAACAGCUCUGAUUAUGUCCCAACCUAUGAGGACAAGGAUGGUGACUGGAUGCUUGUCGGUGAUGUCCCAUGGGAGAUGUUUGUUGAAUCAUGCAAGCGUUUACGCAUCAUGAAAGGAAAGGAGGCUAUUGGUCUUGGUCUUGCACCAAGAGCCAUGGCAAAAUGCAAGAACAGGAGCUAGACUAGUCGCACAAUUCAUGACCUGCCCCAUCCUUUGUAAUUGUGGUGCCCAGUUGGCUUAGUAACUAAAGUAAGGAUAAGCUGCAGCAGACACGGAUGGACAUUGCAGGGUGUUGAAUUAUAGUUAAUUUGUGUAUCAUUAUGGUUUGUUAUAAUAUUUCAAACAAAACAAUGAGAUGCAUGUCUAAUUAAGUACUAAUUAUGAACAGGAACAUAAUGACUCUCAAUCAUGUUGUUAGACUUGGCUUUCUUAUAUAUCUUUGCUUGUUCUGUGUGAGUGCUUGCUUAAUAAUAAUUUUAAGAUGUGUUUGUCUGUUGUAGUUGUA